CUGCUGCUGCAGGAAAUUUUCUGUACUGCAUUUCACCUCAUUACACCUCUCCAUUUACCCCCUAAGAGACUUGCCCUGCCAUAAAACGGGAGACUAAUGCAGAUUUUAUGGUCUAAAAUAUGAGGGAAUCAGCUGCGCCUCCUGACAAAUUUGUCGGGACCAACACACCAUAGUCACUUAACAGCAAACGUAAAAUAUGUGAUAUGGAAAUAAUUUCCGCCCAGCAAACAAAGAAAGUUCCUCACAAACAAGACUGUAACAUCCAUUUGUUAAGCAGCUCUUUAUACAGAUGUUGACAGUGACUGGAUUUUUGGGUGAGAGAAAUGUUUUGCUCACUCUUCUUGCUUGUCUCUGGCAAAAAUCCUUCUACCAUCACCUCUGGAUCUCACUCACUAACACACUAUAGCUCAUUUGUUUAGCUUGUACAAAAACUGAUUUGUUAAAACAUCAUUUAGUGGCUUUAUCUUGAAGUUUUGUCGUCACAGUGAGGUUUCCGGCCAAGAAAUAAUCUCCUCAACUUCUCGGUUUUUCUAUGGUUUUUGUAAAGAUCCAACAAACAAGUAGAAACAUGUUAAAGUGAUUGAGCUUCAGAGCUGCUAGUAGGUCCAUUUUGUUUCCUUCAGACUGAGUAAGGAGAGUUGUCUCCCCUUUGUCUCCACUCUUUAUGCUAAGCUACGAUAAGUGGCUGCGGGCUUUAGCCUCAAAUCUCUAACUUUUAAUAUUAGAAGAAAAUGGCAUUUACAAUCAAGACUUGAGUGGUAUUGAUCUUCUAAACUAACUCAUGGCAAGAAAACAUACAAACAUACUUCCCAAAAUAUCAAACUAUUCCUUUAAAGGAGCUAUUUGUAAGUUUUGCUAGCGUUAGCAUUAACAGCUGUUUAUUUAUCAGUCUUGCUAAAGGCUUCAGCCUGUGUUUACAUCCUCUAAGCGGUGCUACACGGCAGACUGGACGCCACAGUGACUCUAUCGGCAAGAGAUGAGAAAGUCUUGUUAGCAUGCUAACUUCAGGACAAUAACAGAAGUGAUAGAAAUAGAAGCAAAACAAAAAGGGUUGCUUUGCACUGCUGGACACAGCUCUAGGAGAAUAAAGACAUGAAGUUUUUUUCUAGACUGGUAUAAGGAAACAGCUAUUAAUGCUAAUGUUGGCUAUGUAGCAAUAGCAAAACUUACAAAAGCUAUAAAUUACAUGCUGUUGAUAAAUCCUGACUAUUAGUCUCAAUAUCAACUGAGUGAUCCAAGUAAAUCAUGUUUAACCAUCAUUAUUUUUGAGAAUAAUUAGAACAAUAAGUAACAUUUUAAAAGCCUGUUUGCCAGCAGCUGGUCUCUUUCACACUGGAGCACAAAAUUGUCUUCUUGAAUUAAAGCAUGAUUUCUGUUUCUGCCGGGAGACUGUGGACGUAAUGUUUUAAAUGUGUGUCUGACAGCUGAAGCUGUAAGCGACUUUUUCCCCUCAGUCAAAACAAAAGUGAUGACGUCACUAGUCAUACACAGUUUGUUAGCUGCCACCCUCAGUACAUUCUCCACUCCUCUCUGUCUUUUAUAUCUCUCCCCACCCUCUUGUAUUUCUCUCUCCUUUUUUGUAUAAACGCUUCUUAUUCACUUCUAAUCUGCGUCUGGAGAAAACGACUGUUUGGUGAUGAGAAAGAGGGAAAAACACAUAAUAACUUUAUGUCUAUUUGAGUUUCUAUCAUCAUGUUGCCAUAGUUACAGCUGCUAUAUAGAUUGGUGUCCAUACGAGCCUGGUUACUGUUUAACCUCCCCACCCACAUUUGCCCAGAUUAGGAAAAUCAAUAAGAUAACAGCAGCAACACCGGCCUUACCUUGCACCAACAACACCCUUCUCUCACUACAGCACCCUGCACCAAACUUCCACAUUUUACACCUUAUGGUGAGGGAGGAAAAAGUGGAUUUAAAACACAUGCUUGAGAGGAGGCAGAGGACGACAUGGUCAAUGUAAACACACAAGUCAGUUCAAGUAUGGAACUUCCAUUUGACUCCUCACCGGCAGAAAGUGCCAACAUGAACGCCACCGGCCACCUGGCAGCAGGCAGCCUGUGUGCCAUAUGUGGAGACAGAGCCACUGGCAAACACUAUGGCGCCUCCAGCUGUGACGGCUGCAAGGGCUUCUUCAGACGCAGCGUCCGCAAAAACCACAUGUACUCCUGCAGGUUCAACAGACAGUGCAUUGUGGACAAAGACAAGCGAAAUCAAUGCAGAUACUGCAGACUGAAGAAGUGCUUCAGAGCUGGCAUGAAGAAAGAAGCUGUGCAGAAUGAAAGAGACAGGAUCAGCACUAGGAGAUCCAGCUAUGAAGACAGCAGUUUACCAUCCAUCAAUGCACUCAUCCAGGCAGACGUGCUGUCGAGACAGAUCACCUCCCCUGCUCCCAUACUGAAUGGCGACAUAAGGACCAAAAAGAUCGCCACCAUCACAGAUGUGUGCGAGUCCAUGAAACAGCAGCUGUUGGUGUUGGUGGAGUGGGCCAAGUACAUCCCGGCCUUCUGUGACCUGCCCCUGGAUGACCAGGUGGCGUUGCUGCGAGCUCACGCUGGAGAGCAUCUCCUGCUCGGUGCUGCAAAGAGGUCCAUGCUGUACAAAGAUAUCCUCUUAUUAGGAAAUGACCACAUCAUUCCUAGAAACUGCCCAGAGCUGGAGGUGGGCAGGGUAGCAGUGAGGAUCCUGGAUGAGCUGGUGCUUCCCUUCCAGGAGCUUCAGAUAGAUGACAAUGAAUAUGCCUGCUUGAAAGCCAUAGUUUUCUUUGACCCAGGUACUACUACUGAACAACAUGCGAAAGGUCUGAGCGACCCCGUGAAGAUCAAGCGGAUGCGAUACCAGGUCCAGGUCAGCCUGGAGGACUACAUCAACGACAGGCAGUACGACUCUCGGGGGCGCUUCGGGGAGCUGCUUCUGCUGCUGCCGACGCUACAGAGCAUCACCUGGCAAAUGAUUGAACAGAUCCAGUUCGUCAAACUCUUUGGCAUGGCCAAGAUCGACAACCUGCUACAAGAAAUGCUUCUUGGAGGUUCUGCCAGUGAAGCUCCACAUGCACCUCACUCUCUGCACCCUCACCUGGUUCAAGAGCACCUCAGCAGCAAUGUUAUAGUGGCCAGCACCAUGCCAACGCCGAUCCAUAACGGUCAAAUCUCCACUCCUGAAACCCCAAUCCCAUCUCCGCCCACUGCCUCCAGCUCAGAACAUUACAAAAUGGCUCAGGGGGUCAUAGCCACCGUGCCCAAGCAGCCGACCUCCAUCCCUCAGCCUACCAUUACAAAGCAAGAGGCCAUCUAGCAACCCUCUGAAUCCUUAUUCCUUCAGUUUUUUUUUUUAUUGUGUUAAACCAGAAUAUUUGUAUGUAAGUUUAUACACAAUCAGCAAUUGAAGCUGUAAACUUGACUGAAACAAUAAAGUAGCUAAACACAUAGAAUGUAAUUGCAAUUAUGUCCCUUGGAGAUUUCUAGUCUGAGUCUUCAGUGGUCUGUUCAUUCACACCAGCAGCUGCAGCUGAGCUCCACAGCUCGGCGAAAGCCAGACAAAACUUUCAACGAGUUGAAAAGAGUUGAAACUUUCCAGGCAAACUGUUGUUCUGUAAGAUCGACGUACAUUAUUGUAUAUAUAGUCUAGUAUUGGGUAAUGUCAUUUCCUUUAGCAUGGCCUCAGUGUGUGCAGUAAGGCUUUUGUUAGACAUGGUGAUGUGAUCAUGUCAGUACUUUAUGAAUGUUACAAAAGGCCUUACAAUGUAUUUAGUGUUGCACAGUAUUUUGUUUUAUGUUCAUUAUUGAUAAAAUGGUUUCAGUCAUGAACUCAGAAAAUGUCAUUUAUCAAAGCUAAAGGAAAUUCCUUGAAUGAGUUCAGCUGUUUUGAGGGGUCUCUGUAAUAUUCUGUGACUAAAAUUGUUUUAUAUGCUGGAAAAUGCAUAUUUACAGUAGUAAAAUGUAACAUGUUAAAAUUUUACACCAAGAAAUCUUGGUGAGCUCUGUGGUGCCACUUUGUAAAAGUCACAGGCAGACACACUGAGGAAGUUUCCCAAUAAUAUGUUGUAUUGGUUUUUAAAAAACAUAUAUUAUAUUUUUUGUUUAGUACUUUGUCAUGGUUUAACUGAUGGAAUAAAUUGUGCCUUGUAACCUGUACUGCCUUUCAAAAACAGGCAAUGUUUCGCCUUACAAUGUGAACAUGAAUGAAUAAAUCUCAAGAUCUAUUUUUA